AUUCAGUCCCCGCGUUGCGGGCAGGGCUGUGCUGACAGCGGGGCGGGGUCAGGGUCUCACACCUUCCAGUGGAUGGUCGGCUGUGAAGUGGGACCCGACGGGCGCCUCCUCCGCGGGUAUUGGCAAUUCGCCUAUGAUGGCGCCGACUACAUCGCCCUGAACGAGGACCUGACCUCCUGGACCGCGGCAGACAUGGCCGCUCAGAUCACCUGGCUCAAGUGGGAAGCGGCCGGUGAGGCAGAGCGUGCGAGGAGCUACCUGGAGGGCCGGUGUGUGGAGUCGCUGCUCAUGACCCUGGACAAAGGGAAGGAGACCCUGCAGCGUGCAGGUACCAGGGUCACUGGGGCCGCCCCCUCUCCCCGGGGCUGGGGCUCCUACAAGGAGACAGGACAGGGGGUCAGUGUCAGACACCCCUCCUUGGGUCAGGGAGGGAGCCCCCCGGAUGUCCAGGUCAGGUACCAGAGGGACCCCCCUCCUCUCAGGGACAGUUAGGGGG